UUCCUGUUCUCUUAGAGCUCUGUGUGACUGAGUGGUGGUUGAACACAGUCACGGAGCACAUUUUCAAAACAAGAACAAAUACUGCUGGAUGACAGAGCAAAACACUAACAACACACUGAUGAAAACCACUUGCAGUGGUGUCUGCUCAACGAAAUACUGACUUGGCGACACAUGACUGAGGACCUGGUUGGAGUCAAGACAGAGGGAUAACUUGUUAGAGGCGGGCUGACUCCUAAGCAACCAUGCUUAAAUCUUUCAACCUCUUAAAGCAGCUUGGCUCUGUGGGGAAGUCACAGGAUGCCACAGAUCUUCUCACAGAAGAUCUGGUUAUGGUGGAGCAGCGGGUGGAGCCAGCCAAGAAGGCAGCGCAGGUUAUUCACAAGAAGCUGCUGGGCUGUCUGCAGAGUCAACUAGGGCUGGACACAGAGAGACGAAUGAAAAAACUCCCUCUCAUGCUGCUCUCUGUUAGCAUGGCUGAGAGCUUAAAAGACUUUGAUCCAGACUCUUCUAUCAGGAAAGUAUUGGAGAUGUGUUGCUUCAUGGAGAGUCACCUGGCCGCAACACUGUCUGACUUUGAGCUGAAGCUGGAGAAGGAGGUUUUGGAACCUCUCAAUAAACUCAGUGAGGAAGACCUUCCAGAGAUUCUCAAAAACAAGAAGCAGUUUGCCAAACUCACAAUGGACUGGCACAAUGCACGCAACAAGUCCCAGGCUAGUACGGGACCUCAGGCAAAGCAGGAUGGGCUGAAAGAGGAGGUGGAGGAGGCCUGGAGGAAACUGGAGAGCAUCAAGGACCAAUACUCUGCAGAUCUGUAUCACUUUGCCACUAAAGAAGAUGACUAUGCCAACUACUUCAUUCGUCUGCUGGAACUACAAGCAGAACAUCAUAAGAAUUCCCAUGACUUCCUGGAACGAAACAUCAGUGAGCUGAAAGACAACCACAGUCAAACAGACUCCCAGGAGAAUAACUAUAAGGGGAAGGUAUACGGCGAGUCCCUGCUGACUCAUCUGUACAACAGCGGCAGGGAGAUCGCUGUUCCCAUCCACGAGUGUGUUCACAUGCUGCUGCACACCGGUAUGAGGGAGGAGGGUCUGUUUCGUCUGGCAGCAGCAGCCUCGGUAGUGAAGAGACUGAAGAGCAGUCUGGAUGGAGGGGUUGUGAAUCACAGUGAAUUCACUGACCCUCAUGCAGUCGCAGGGGCUUUGAAAAGCUACCUGAGAGAGCUGCCUGAACCACUCAUGACCUUUGAACUCUACAAUGAUUGGUUUCAAGCAGCAGGGGAGAAAGAAUUGACAGACAAACUUGAGCAGUUUAAAAUUGUGCUGAAGAAGUUACCAUCAGAAAACUACAACAACCUCCGGUACCUGGUACAGUUCCUGUCGUGUCUGUCAGAGCAGCAGGCGGUUAACAGGAUGAGUCCCAGUAACAUUGCCAUAGUACUGGGUCCCAACCUGCUGUGGCCUCGCAUGGAGGGGGAGGCAGCGCUGUUGGACAUGGCAUCUGCCUCCUCCGUCCAGGUGGUGGCGGUGGUUGAGCCUCUCAUACAACACUCCAGCAGCCUGUUUCCAGAAGAGGUGGACUUUGAGAUUCCUGAGCUUCCUGGGGUCCCAGAUUUGAAAAUGUUAGAACCUCAACGUUCAGAGUCUGGGAAAGAGAACCUUGCCAGAAUGACCUCCUCCUCUUCAACAUGCGCUUCCUCUUCCUCUUCUCAUUCUUCUCUCUGUAAAACAAUCAGCUCAGCAUCUCAGGACAGUGGAGGUUUUUUCAUCAUCAAGUCAGGCUCCAUUGGUCGUAGAACCACCACCUGGGGGAACCCUGCCUCAGACCCACCAUGCUCAACCCCAAUUAACCCUACCCCAGUCCAUACCCAGAGCCCGUCCCCUGUCCCAAGCCCGACACUGGUCCACAACCCAUCCCCACUACCCAGCCCCAAACUGGCACCUGGCCCAACCCUGGUUCCCUCCCCACCACCAGUGUCUGUCUGCAGUCCGACCCAGAAGCAGAGCCCUGAAUCGGGCUCACUAGAACCCAUCCUAGAGGCCCCACCGGACUCCCCCAGAGCUAUACUGAACAUCACCUCACCAUACAAACCGAGGAAAUCCUUCCUUCAACACAUGCCGCCCAUCCAGAGUAAAGAGCAGGUGGCCGUCACAUACUCCAAACCCAGGGCCCCAGCACCUCUAACACCAGCAGAUGCACCCAAAACCCAGCUACAACCUGCACCCAAGCCCCUAGCUCCGGUCCUGAAGAAGACCCUAAGCAAAAAGGGUAUAAUUAGGCCCCCCCAAAUCCCACCUCCCAAGCCCCCAGUACUGGAAAGCAAACAGGUGACCUCUAUAGCGCAGUGAGGGGGUAGAGAUACACUAUAUAUUGUAUACAAAAGUAUGUGGACCCCUUCAAAUUAGUGGAUUUGGUUAUUUCAGCCACACCCAUUUGUUUAUGUGUAACUCUGUGUUGUUGUUUUUGUUGCACUGCUUUGCCUUAUCUUGGCCAGGUCGCAGUUGUAAAUGAGAACUUGUUCUCAACUGGCCUACCUAGUUAAAUAAAGGUGAAAUAAAAUAAAUAAAAUAAAAAUACUGACAUGUGUAUAAAAUGGAGCGCACAGCCAUGCAAUCUCCAUUGACAAACAUUGGCAGUAGAAUGGCCUUACAGAAGAGCUCAGUGACUUUCAACGUGGCAUCGGAUUCCACCUUUUCAACAAGUCAGUUCGUCAAAUUUCUUCCCUGCUAGAGUUGCCCGGUCAACUGUAAGUGAUGUUAUUGUGAAGUGGAAACGUCUAGGAGCAACAACGGCUCAGCCACGAAGUGGUAGGCCACACAAGCUCACAGAAUGUGACCGCUGAAGCUUGUAACGCGUCAAAAUCGUCUGUCCUUGGUUGCAACACUCACUACAGAGUUCCAAACUGUCUCUGGAAGCAACGUCAGCACAAUAACUGUUUGUCGGGAGCUUCAUGAAAUGGGUUUCCAUGGCCGAGCAGCCACACACAAGUCUAAGACUACCAUGUGCAAUGCCAAGUGUCGACUAGAGUGAUGUAAAGCUCGCCGCCAUUGGACUCUGGAGCAGUGGAAACGCUUUCUCUGGAGUGAUGAAUCACUCUUCACCAUUUGUUAGUCCAA